GUAGACAUGCGGAACAUUCCGGAAGACGUGGUCAAGGAGACCCCGGAGUACAAGUGCCUGCAGUCCCAGUUCUCGCUGCUGUACAACGAGAGCCUGCAGGUGAAGACGCAACUGGACGAAGCGAGGGCCCUGCUCCUGACCACCAAGAACGCCCAUCUUCGGCAGAUCGAGCACAUGGAGAGCGACGAGCUGAGCCUCCAGAAGAAACUGCGCACUGAGGUGAUCCAGCUCGAGGACACACUGGCACAGGUCCGCAAGGAAUACGAGAUGCUCCGGAUCGAGUUUGAGCAGAACCUCGCUGCCAACGAGCAAGCAGGUACGGGAGAGCGAGGGCCCAGCGGCUUUCACCCUUCGCACUGGGGGUGGCUGACCGGGACGGUGUAGAGGGAGCUUUACUCA